CGGCUCCCGUCGCGGUCGCCGGGGCUCGCGGAGCGGCGCAGCGCGGCGGGACGGGGAGCUGCUGUGGCGUCUGCUCGUUCCACUCUGGGUUCAGUGCAGCCGACCGGGUGAGGCCGGGCUCGCGUAGGGGCGGGGGCCAGACGGAGGUGCGGCAGGACCCGGGCCACUGCCUUCGCAGGCUCCCGGGGCCGGCCACUCCUUGGCAGCGUGCUCAUGCAUCCGGAGCCCGCCCCGCCCCCGAGCACCAGCCACCCCGAGCUUCCCCUCAGCGGCGGCAACUCCACCAGCGGCAGCCGUCGGAGCCGCCGCCGCAGCGGGGACGGGGAGCUCCCGGGGGCCCCGCCGCCGCCGUCCGCCGUCACCUACCCGGACUGGAUCGGCCAGAGUUACUCGGAGGUGAUGAGUCUCAACGAGCACUCGAUGCAGGCGCUGUCCUGGCGCAAGCUCUACCUGAGCCGCGCCAAGCUCAAAGCCUCCAGCCGGACUUCAGCUCUGCUCUCUGGCUUCGCCAUGGUGGCCAUGGUAGAGGUUCAGCUGGACGCCGAACAUGACUACCCACCAGGGCUGCUCAUUGUCUUCAGCGCUUGUACCACGGUGCUGGUAGCUGUGCAUCUGUUUGCACUUAUGAUCAGCACCUGCAUCCUGCCCAACAUAGAGGCAGUGAGCAAUGUGCACAACCUCAACUCCGUCAAGGAGUCACCCCAUGAGCGCAUGCACCGCCACAUCGAGCUGGCCUGGGCCUUCUCCACUGUUAUUGGGACGCUGCUCUUCCUGGCCGAGGUCGUAUUGCUCUGCUGGGUCAAGUUCUUACCCCUCAAGAAGCAGCCGGGCCAGCCGAGCCCCACCAGCAAGCCUUCAGCCAACCCAGGCUACAAUAACAGCAGCAGUGGCAUCACCCCAGGCCAGGCAGCAGCCAUCGCCUCCACUGCUAUCAUGGUGCCCUGUGGCCUGGUCUUUAUCGUCUUUGCUGUCCACUUCUACCGAUCACUGGUUAGCCAUAAGACGGACCGACAAUUCCAGGAGCUCAAUGAGCUGGCCGAGUUUGCCCGAUUGCAGGACCAGCUGGACCACAGAGGGGACCACCCCCUGACCCCUGGGAGCCACUACGCCUAAGCCCUCACCACUGAGCUCUUCAGAGCUUUAUUAUGCCCUACCCCAUGACCUUGUCCUGCCAGUCCAGAGGACAGCCUGUGCAGGGGGCUAGGCUUCACCUGGGCAUAGUGGAGGGAAGAGGCUUUAAAAAAAGAUUGCACUUUGAGAUUUUUCCACCAAGAAAAUAAGCACUCCCUGUUCUUCCAGCUGUGGGUCUCCCUCCUGGGAAGAGGUGGUGGGGGCCAGUGGGAACAGAUGCUCUCUUUGUCCCUAUUCCACCCCUGUGCCAGUGAUACCCGGAUGCUUCCUGUUCCUUCCCUCUCCACCGCCCUCCCCAUUCAACAGUCUAGAGUAUGUAUGUGUGUAAUGUAUGUGUGUGUGUGUGUGAGCACAAAAAUAUACUGAUAAGGGACCCCA